UAUAACCCGAUCCGACACAGGAUGCAAAGGCCAUCAACCUGCAGCAAGAACCUCGGAGCCGUCGCCUCCCUCCUGCUCUCUCUCGUUCUUCACCUGGCCUGCCCUCCGCACACCCUCACCCACCAAUAAAAACACCUCACCGGGGGCGGUCGAGAAGAGAUCGAAGCAGAGCACGAACCAUGGCACGGCUCUCCAUCACCGCCAUCGCCGUCGCGUUCUUCCUGGUCGCCGCCGGCGCCACCGAGGCCCGUGUCCCGCAACACAACGGCGCCAACACCGCCAUGUACAUCUUCUCGCAGGGCCGCAAGGUCUCCGCCGGCACCACCGUCAGCGUCCCGCAGCACAAGGGCGUCAACACCGACGAGUACAUCCUGGCCCGCAAGCUCGCCGGCACCGUGACCCCAACGCAGGCGUGCGACCAGCUGGACGGGAACAAGAAGGUGUGCUACACCAUCGCGAAGCUUGCCGGCGUGACGACGCCGCGGACCCUGCUGGAGACGGCGGUACGGGUGGCGCUGGGGCGGGCGAGGGCGCUGAAGGCGACGUUCGACACGGCCAAGGCGACGGCCAAGACGGGGAACCCGAUGGCGUCCAUCCUCGGGUCCUGCGACAAGAACUACGACGACCUGGUGGGCGCCCUGGAGGAGGUCACCCGGUCCCUGCAGAAGGGCAACACCGGCGACCUCGUCAGCAAGAUGACCGCCGCCAGCACCUACGCCACCGACUGCGACAACUGGUACAGCGAGCGGAGCCUCACCUCGCCGUACGAGGCCGUGCAGCGCCACACCGCGCAGGCCGUCUCCGUCGCCCUCGGCGUCGCCGCCACCAGCAAGAACCUCUGAACGGACACAAAUCGUACGUGCAAAACGCUAGCACGCGUACGUACGUGUUAGUGUGAGCUCUUCUUGCGAUUGUAAAAGGUGGUGUGCUGUAUGCAGCACUUGAGACUAUAUAUGUGAACAAUUAAGGCUCGAUCGAGGAAGUUUGUAGUGCUAGUAUAUGUACUGCUAACACGGCAAGCAGGUUGACCUCGUUAAUAGUAUUUCAAUUUUCAAAUGGAAAAUACCAUAAUCCAUAACAUGCUUCUUUA